CAGUGUGCACCCUCCACCUCUCACUCAGCCUUUGUUGCUGUUCUCACGCUAACAUGCGAGAUCCGUAGACCAGAUUCAGCUACGCGGUCUCAAUCCGUCCCGACUUCCCCUCUGCCAGCGGCCUGGUGGUUGUUUGAGAUGAGUAGAAGAUGUCGGUGUCGGGGCUGAAGGCCGAACUGAAGUUUUUGGAGUCAAUUUUUGACCCAAACCACGAACGAUUCAGGAUAAUAGACUGGAAACCCGAUGAACUCAGUUGUCAAUUUAACGUAACAGGAGAGAAGCUGCUGAUCAUUCACUGCAACAUCACGGAAUCCUAUCCCUCAAUCCCCCCAAUAUGGUUUGUUGACUCUGAUGAUCCUAGUCUGGCUGAAGUGUUGAAGCGUUUAGAAGAUGUGAGAAAAUGCAGCACACUGCUUCUUCAGCAGUUGAAGCGUCUUAUUUGUGAUCUCUGUCGGCUAUAUAACCUGCCACAACAUCCAGAUGUAGAAAUGCUCGACCAGCCUCUACCUGCUCCCCCGAUAAUCCAGGAGCGGAAGCAUGGGCCACCAGAUGAGGUGACAUCUGAAGAAGAAGAAGAGGAAGAAAUGGGAGAGCAGGACAUUGACCUGGACCAAGACCUGGACCAUUACGACAUGAAAGAAGAGGAGCCAGUAGAUGGGAAAAAGUCAGAGGAUGACGGGAUAGAAAAAGAAAAUCUGGCUAUCUUAGAGAAGAUUCGUAAAAACCAGAGACAAGAUCACUUAAAUGGUGCAGUCUCAGGCUCAGUUCAAGCCUCAGACCGCCUAAUGAAGGAACUCAGGGAGAUCUACAGAUCACAGAGUUACAAGACAGGUAUUUAUUCAGUCGAACUAGUCAAUGACAGCCUUUAUGAAUGGCAUGUCAAAAUAAGGACGGUAGACCCAGAUAGUCCAUUGCACAGUGACUUGCAGGUCUUAAAAGAAAAGGAAGGAGUGGACUACAUUCUGCUCAAUUUCUCUUAUAAAGAUAAUUUCCCUUUUGACCCACCUUUUGUACGGGUUGUAUCACCUGUGCUCUCCGGAGGUUAUGUUCUAGGAGGAGGGGCCUUGUGCAUGGAACUUCUCACCAAACAGGGCUGGAGCAGUGCCUAUUCCAUAGAAUCUGUCAUUAUGCAGAUAAAUGCAACUCUGGUGAAAGGAAAAGCCAGGGUGCAGUUUGGAGCCAAUAAGAACCAGUACAAUCUUGCCAGAGCACAACAGUCAUACAAAUCCCUUGUGCAGAUUCAUGAAAAGAACGGCUGGUACACACCACCUAAAGAGGACGGAUAAGGAGUUUCUACCACUAUGCACUGGGAACAUGUCUAUGACUUAAAGGUAUCUUUUGUUCUUCGGAAUAUUUUCCCCCUCUGACUUACUGGGAAUAUAUCAUCUUUCUUGCGGAAACCAUCAUGUUGGGCUCAUCUGACAAGUAUUCCUUCAUCUCGCUCCAGGAAAGGGACUUUGUUCUGGUAUCACUUUGAUUCUCCACUAAAUGUUUAGUGAGAAGGAGGAUGUGAGGGUAUUGUUAGUCCUGUUUUCUAAAAAUGCUCAUUUGUCAUUAAAAAAAACUUUCUCCUUUUAAAUGUGGGGAAAUGCUUUUUCUUCAGCUGCUUUGACAAGAUGGGCUUCACAGAUAGUCAGCUACAGCUCUUUUAAAAGAAGUCCAAUAUUGAAGCUCUUGAAGUGGCACCUGUUUUUAUUGACAGCAUUUUUUUCUGUUUUCUCUUGGAAAUUAACCGGUACAUAAAUACAGAUAUUGUAUGAGAAAUAUUAUUUGGGAAUUGUUUUUAUCAUUCGGGCAUCCAAAGGCAAUAAAGGAGCCAGUUUAUAUAUUUUGGAAGCGUAUCUUUAAAUUGAGAUGACCUGCCAUUCUGUAUCUUAGUUCAUCUAAGUUCAGCCAGUAUCUUUGAACAAGUCCACCAGUGGCUAAUAUUAAGACAGAGCCAAUAGAUAUGAAGUGUCCCAAUAUCUGCAUAUUAUAUUUGAUGGAAAGAAGAUAUGUGGAUAUGUUUUCACCAGAAGAUACGAGGAGCCUUGCAGCAUCGUUUUGGACGUCGUAACGGGCAUGUUUGAGCUGAGGAGCUCUUUAUGCCUUACAUUGCGGCACUGCAGCUGCUCAGUUUGGCUUUUUCACUUUCCACUGAUCUGUCGCUGUAGAGGUCGAUGGCUAGUUUGUUCCUGAAAAUAAAGCCCUGUGCGUGUGGAGCUAACAGUAUGUUGUACAGGAGCCUUCUCUCUACCACUGUUGUAAAAGAUACUUGGAUUUGAUUUCAGUCAUUUUCUUUAGGAAAUAAAUGAAGGAUUUUUCAUUAUUCUGCCCAAUUUUGCAGUAAAGUUUUCAUAUGUUCCUGACCUAUUGAUUCUAGUGUUUUGUCCGGGUUUAGAUUUGAAACUCUUCCCUGUUACAUGGUGUUACUUGCAGCUGGAUUCAUCCCCUUUCUGCUGACUCUCAGCCAGCAGCUAUAUGCCCAUCGUCAGCAGGGCUUCCUUUACCACCACGAUGUACCAUGGCUGUUUUGGUGACUUUUGUUCUGUAACAACAGGGAUUGUUUAUAGCGUGAUAAGAACUGAACCUGAAAAUAUGAAUACCUGUUUGAAACUGCUAUACCUGUUUAGCUUUGACCUUGCAAGACACUGUAGUACACUAUCAGUACUGGUGUUGCCUACACUACAGGACACACUGUAUCAAUCUAUUGGCUCUUUUGCAGUUUAUUUGUUAACACUGUCUGCAAAAGUACAUUUCAAUGGCAACUCAGGUAACAAACAAUACUUAGGAGGGGAAUCUGUACAUGUAGAGGUUUUUUUUUUAACGCUGUACCGCUUAGGCUUAUUUACCACUGAUGUGAUGUCAAAAAUAGAAAAUGUCAUGAGCUUUACAACAACAUGGGUCAUAUGUUUGUUUUAAUUUAAACAGUGUAAGAGGAAGGACAUUUAUGGAAAGGUUGCAGUACCAUGUAUUGGUCUGUUAAUACCCUACCCACCUUUUAUUUUUUUUAUUUUAUUUUUAUUUUUUACCUCAAAUACUGAAAUAUAUUUGAUUUCAGUAUGUGAUCUUUGUGAUGUUUGCACAGCUGGCAAUAAUGUGCUUGGAGAAGUUAACCAUAACAAUGAACACAUUGAGUUAAA